AAAUACGAAAUCGAAAUUAGUUUGAAACUAGCAACCAAUCGUGCAGGUUAAUAAUAAAGUGAAGUGUCGUUAACCGCGAUUAUUUCGAAUUUUAGAAUUAUUAAACUUAUCUUGUGUUGCUGAAGUAUUACAACCAAGAAUUUUAAUUCAAGUAAAUGUCGUUCGGACGAAUAUUUUAAUUGAUUUGAACUUGAAGACUGAAGUUCUCUAUAGUAUACCGGUUUUUACGUAUUCACAAGUGAGUGGUAGGUGAUAUUAUUAUAGUGCAUAAAUUACCCACCCAGCGCAUUCCUUUCACUUUUAAUACCCAAUCUCAUGAAUCGUGAUAACAAAAUACUAAGAUAAAGUGAAGUUAUUUCCAUGUCUAACAAUAGCAGAGUCACAGUACAAAAGUCCAAACUACAGCACGAAGACCACAAAAUGUUAAGAGGGCUGAGAAUAUGUGGAUCAAGAGGGUUAUUUCUAGAACCCUAUGCUAGUUCUCUCCAAAUUGCGUGUAAUUAUACAUCAACACAACCAUCGGCCAGGGUACAAAAACUGCCCAGAUUACCAGUGCCUAAGCUAAAUGACACACUCAGCAAAUAUCUUAAGACUGUUCAACCAUUUUUAAAUGAUGAAGAAUUUGUUGCUACUUCUACUCUUGUUAAAGAGUUUGAAGGAGGAGUAGGACAAAAAUUGCAGGCACUACUGGAAAAGCGUGCUGGCAAACAUGAAAACUGGCUAGAAGAGUGGUGGCUAAAUACAGCCUACUUAGAGUACAGAGAUCCUGUUGUGGUAUUUUCAAGUCCUGGUUUGGUUUUUCCAUUCCGUAAAUUUAACAGCCAAGAAGACCAACUUAGAUAUGCUGCUAAAACUUUGAUUGCUGCUUUAGAUUAUAAGGCAUUGAUCGACAACGAUCAAAUUCCGGUUGAAAUGAUGGGAAAAAGUCCACUGGAUAUGGCGCAGUAUAAAAAGAUAUUUGGAACAUGUCGUAUACCGUACGCGAAACGAGAUAAAUUAUCAUUUAAUGAUGCAAAGUAUAUAACCGUUAUUCAUAACAACCAUAUUUUUCAUGUGGAUCUUUGGGGAAGUGAUGGUAAAAGAUUAAAUGUUGAUCAAAUCGCCGAAGUAUUAAAAAAGGUUGUGGACUUAUCAAUGGCGCCGAGCAGUAACCCCAUCGGCAUUCUUACUUCGGAAAACAGGGAUGCAUGGGCAAAGGCUUAUCAAAUUUUGUCUAAAGACAAAGUGAAUAGAGAUUCAUUGAAAGAUGUGGAGAGUAGCUUGGCUGUGUUAUGCUUGGACAGCGCUUCUGGACUAUGGCAGUGCGCGGAUGACGACGUACGGCGUUGCGUUGCGGGUGCGCAGACAAUACAUGGCGGCGGCUCACCUCGCAAUGGUGCCAACAGAUGGUUCGACAAAACGCUUCAGUUUAUUGUCGGAGCUGACGGCGUCACUGGUUUGACUUACGAACAUUCCCCGGCGGAAGGCCAACCAAUAGCCGUUCUUACCGAUUUUAUCAUUAAAUACAUAGAGCAAGACAGAGCUGUUGAGUCGCCGUCAUCAAAUGUGAAGGAGCCCGUGCGCUUAGAAUUUAAUGUUGAUAGUGAAGUUACGUCAAUGAUAAAUACAGCAAAGCAGAGCUUGGACAAAUUGGUCGCCGACUUAGAUCUGAACUGCUUCAAGUAUGAUAAAUACGGAAAAAAUUUCAUCAAGUCACAGAAGAUGAGCCCUGACAGCUAUUUGCAAAUGGCGAUGCAGUACGCUUUUUAUAGGUUACACAAGACGCCGGGCGCGCACUACGAGUCCGCAGCGACGCGGAUGUACACGGGCGGACGCACGGAGACUAUCCGCUCGUGCUCCGUGCAGUCCGUCGCCUUCGCGGCCACCAUGAUUGAUACGCGCGCCACCGCACAGGACAAGCUCGCUGCCAUGCGCGCGGCCAUCGCUGCGCACAAAGACUACACCGUGCAGGCAUUACAAGGUUUUGGCGUAGACAGACAUCUACUGGGAUUAAAAUUGACAGCAAUCGAAAAUGGCAUUGAGGUACCGAAGUUAUAUUCUGACCCUGGAUACGUGAGAAGUGCUCACAUGAGAAUAUCUACAAGUCAGGUGGCAUGCAAAUGCGACGGUUUCAUGUGCUACGGGCCGCUCGUGGCCGACGGGUAUUCAACGUGCUACAAUCCGCGAGACAACGACGUCAACUUCGCGACCGCUGCCUUCACCUCACACCCCGCUACCGCCGCCGCGCAAUACCGCGCCGCUCUCGAAACUGCGCUUCGCGAUAUGCAUGACCUGCUUUUAGUUACCGCUCGUUCCAAGCUGUGAGCCCAAGCGCACCGCCAUAUACAGUUCGCGACAUGUCAACAUGGAAAUCGGGGUCUGAGGAAUGUUGUGGAGGAGGGGGGCGACCGCACAACCACUCCCUCUUAGUAUUACAGCUACAUGAAGCCUCAUGGACCGCGUUUAUCGAUUUCGAUUUUUCUGACAUUGUUGUUUGUAAAAUAGUUUCGUUUUGAGAAUGACUUCGUCUGUCUCUCAUUUUGUUGCGUACCAAAAAUAAUAUCGCAACAUAAUAUACCAGUUAUGUCACAUCACUAUAAAACUUUACCAUGUUGACCUGUCGUGAACUGGCGGUAUUAAAAAAUAUUAUACAGUGAACCCCCGGAAAUAACGAACGUUUUGCAGGGUAGCGUCGAUCUAUCAAAUUUGUCAGAUUAUAGAGUACCUACUGCCUAUAUUCCGGAUUUUUUUUACUAAAGAGUACUUUGUAAUCUGACAAAUUACAGAUGUAAUAUGAUUUUACAUAUUAACACAUAAUAUAUCUAACAGUCAUUAUAUUAUGAAACAUACAUCCAACAGGGCUGUCAAUUUUCUUUUAAGUUACUUUUAUUUUUAAGAUACUUACAUUAUUUUUAUAUGAAAACUGAAAUAUAUGUUACCUAAAAAUUUAAUCAUUUCUCUUAAUCUAAUUCUAGCGAAACCCUCCACCACAUUUAAAUAAAGGUGUUGUAUAUAUUGCAGCUACUCCUAGCUUCUCUUUUUAGAGAAAAGACAAUGCAUACAGGUUACCAAUAUAGUUGGAAGAGUUCAAUGGUAUUGUAAUGUUAUUUCAAAUGCAUGUCCUGGCCUUUAACGUCACGGUACGUUACGUAACUCUGCCGUGGCCUACAUACACAUUUUAGAGACCAUCUCUCUGAUUUAGAGCUUAGUCCUGUCUCGUCUGCUCCAAUGCAAGUUGGGUGGACUUAAAUUAUCAUUAUUACAUUGUAUUACAUCUUUUUAUUCUUACCCAAUGCUAUGUGGGAUUGGCACAUGUUUCCUUCUUCCAUUUACUUCUAUCAGCCGUCAUCUCACGGUGGUGGACGAAGCCUGAACCCCAUGAAUAAUAGAAAAAAAAAUCGAAUAAGUAUUCAUCGACCUGGGAAUCGACCAUGUGAUUCGUAGCCGACCAAACAACAAGGCGGGUAAAACAACUUGAUUGUUUACAAAUUUUAUUUUGUAGACAGUAUCAUAACUAUUUUCAUGCAUUUUAAUAAAACAUAUCUGUAUUACUCAUGUGCAUGAGCAGACUGAGGAUAAAUCAGGGUAUACAAAACAUGUAUAUUGUAUAACAUCAGUUACAUACUAAUAUGUUAAAAAAUAUAUAUGUAUAAAAUUAA